AUGCUGGUACUUCAGUUUGGAUUUGGACAAAGCUCCCAUAAACAACCCCAUGAAGAUCAUUAUAUUGGCCAGCAGCACAACCCCGAACAUGACUUGAACAUCCUGCUGGGAGAUGAGGACACAGACAAAAUAAAGAAACUUAGCCCAGCAGAACAAAAGAAAAAGAUGAUGGAAAUUGUCAAGCGGAUUGAUACAAAUGCUGACAAUCAGCUAAAUGCAGAGGAGAUCACGCUAUGGAUUCAGCACGUCUAUAGAAAAUAUGCUCUGGAUGAUGCAAAGGAGCGGUUCCCUGAGUUUGACACUGACAAAGAUGGUGUUGUAACAUGGGAGGAAUACAACAUGGUCACUCAUGACCAGCUUAUUAGUUUUGAAGACGCUGUACUGGAGGAUCCAGAGCAAGAGUCUCUCAGAAACCUCCACCUGAAGGAGAGGAGACGCUUUGACUUUGCUGAUGUGGACGGCACAUCUGGGCUUAAUGUGACAGAGUUUCUCGCCUUCACCCACCCAUCUGAAGUGGAUCACAUGGCUGAUUUUGCCAUUGAAGAUGUGUUAAAUGAAUAUGACACUGAUAAAGAUGGACUCAUCAAUCUGAAUGAAUUCAUUGGAGAUGUCCGUGGUGAGGAGGAUUCCCCUACACAGUGGGAGAUUGAAGAAACAGUGCGGUUUAAAGACCUCUAUGAUCAAGAUAAGGAUGGCAAGUUGAAUCGAGAUGAGCAGCUCCGCUGGGUGGCCCCCAAUAGCUAUGGCUCGGCAAGAGAAGAGGCUCUUCACCUCAUCAAGGAAAUGGACCACGAUGGAGACGAGCAGAUCUCCGAGGCUGAAGUCUUGAAAAAUCAAGAAACAUUCAUGAACAGUGAAGUGACAGACUAUGGCAGACAGCUGCAUGCGUCACAUGAUGAACUAUAA